GGGAGGGGAUCCCCGGCUGCGCGUCUUCACUUCUCGCAGUGGCACAGGCGGCGGCAGCAGCAGGUGGAGCGAGCUUCCGCGGCGAGCAGCUCUUGGCCUGAGAUCCACUCCAGCUGCCCGGGCGGGAGCAGGCCCGCUGGGCUGGAGCCCGUGCCCGGCCCGGUCCAACCCCUCGUUUCCGGGGAACUUGUAUUACCGAGGCCGGUGGGCCGGGGGCCGCAGCAGGGGCCGGGGCCGGGCGCGCCCAAGAGCGCAGGGCAGCCGUGGAAUCCGCGUCCGGGGCGCAGGACCAAGGGGACCUGGCUCUUCCCGGCUACCUGAAGACCUGUUCUCCAGGGACUUGGGAGCAGUUCGGGGUCUGCCCGGGCACCUCGCUGGACGCUCUCGGUUGGCUCCUGGCUGGCGCGGGAGAGUCCCGAGCGGCGCUGUCGGCUCUCCUGUGUGGCUUAGGCGCGGAAGGCUCUUCCCUGGGAUUCCGGGGCCACGGGAGCUGUUCACGCGGUCCUCCGUGGAGUCCUCGCAGCCCUCGCCGUGUUGUCUCGAGAAGCUCGCCGGUUGACGCUAAUCUACAGGAGUUCUCUACUGAUUUGGUUUCUUCCUCGAUUUGGGGACAGUUCCCGCCAACGACGCCCGACGCACUUAUUUUCGCAAACAAGCAGGAGUCCCGGGUCGCCAGAGCCUGCGGGGAUCCUGGCCCCGUUCGCGGACCCUCAAGGCGCUUUCCUCUUGGCGUACCUUUUUUGCCCCCCUUUUGAGGGAGUGCGGUCCUUGAGGGGGACAACGGCUUCCUAGGCGCUGCUUUGUGUGUGGUGGGGUUGGAGUGCGGGCGGCCCCCGGCCGGCCAUGGCCUUCACUUUCGCUGCUUUCUGCUACAUGCUGUCGCUGGUGCUGUGCGCUGCGCUCAUCUUUUUCGCCAUCUGGCACAUAAUUGCCUUUGAUGAGUUAAGGACGGAUUUUAAGAACCCCAUCGACCAGUGCAACCCUGUUCAUGCGAGGGAACGGCUGAGGAACAUCGAGCGCAUCUGCUUCCUUCUACGAAAGCUGGUGCUGCCGGAAUACUCCAUCCACAGCCUCUUCUGCAUCAUGUUCCUGUGCGCUCAGGAGUGGCUCACCCUGGGGCUGAAUGUCCCUCUACUUUUCUAUCACUUCUGGAGGUACUUCCACUGUCCGGCAGAUAGCUCCGAAUUAGCCUACGACCCGCCGGUGGUCAUGAACGCAGACACCUUGAGUUACUGUCAGAAGGAGGCCUGGUGUAAGCUGGCCUUCUAUCUCCUCUCCUUCUUCUACUACCUUUACUGCAUGAUCUACACUUUAGUGAGCUCUUAACUCAAAGACCACGCACAUCCUCAGAGACUGGGAUGGGAGAGGCCCGAGGCUGCGCAGUCCACUUCUGCUGGUGAUGGGAGAAGGGACCAGUGUGGGGAUGUGACAGACAGAGACGGGCAGACACUCUGAAUCGGGAGCCGGAAGCAUGCAGCAGCCAGCGGCCGAGUGCGCACGUGUUGUCACCCUGUGUGUCAGUCUUUGGCGUUCACACCCCACACUCGGGCUGUAGAUCCCUUCUGAGCAGCGGGGGCACGAGGGGUGACGAAACGCGAAACCUCUUCUGAGCGAGAAUUGCGGCUUCCUGAAUCCACUUUAUUGAAUGGCUCCCUGAAGUUCACACUGCGUUCCUGGGCCGUGGGCGUGGAGGCUGGAUGGCUGGCAGGUGCCUACUAAGGAACAGCGUGACCCAGGGUCAAGGCUGUAUCUGUGGGACUGAUUGAAGUCCUCAAGGACGUCACCGGCUACCUGAGACUCUCGUGUUUCCUCCAAGCCCUGGCCACGCCCUUCACUUCAAUGGGAGGGGCCUGGAAGGUGUGCAGACUUGCCUUGGGCUAUAACCAGCCCUGAGCCUGCAGGGGUGUGUCUAUUUUCCUGCUGUGCUUUGUAAGAGCCCAGCUUAGGAUGUUAGUGACAUCACAAGCUGAAUUUGGGACAGUACGUUGGUAAAGAGUUAUGGCCAAAGUCAGGGCUUGGGGGUGGUGAGAUGGGAAGGGGGGAAUCAUAGGAAAAAAUGAUUUUUUAAAACACUGAUGACAUGUUCAAGGUGUUAUUUCUUCACCACCACAAACUGUAUUCUUCUGUUGUCAUCCCAAACUAUCACAGAGUCGCUGAAUGCAAAUCAAUUGGUCAACACUAGUCAAAGCUACUGACUUUUAAGGCUCCCAAAACAAUUCUGAGGCCAGAAAAAGCUGGAGUGGCAGCUCUGUACUGUGGGCAUCCGGCAGCCGAGAAGUGAGACGACAUAAUUACAGCUUCAUUUAUGAUGCUGCAUCAUUCGUGCUGUUCGGUUCAACACAAGGACAUUAGCUCAUUUAGAAUUUUCCAUUCGACAUUCUCUCCUUUUUGGGUAGGAGUUGUACUCGGGGGUUGUAAAUAAUGACAAGGCUGAGAUUUUUAUUAUGUUUAAAUUGGGCACCAUGAUUCUGACCUUAUUCCCCAAACUUCCCUUCUUUUCUUCUGUCUGACAUACACAGGCUAUUUAUACAUAUACCAGCUUCCACCUGAAGUCCAUGACUCAGGUUGAUGAACGGUGUUUGUGUAACACAUGCGCUGUGUUUAAAACGCAGCGACCGCUUGAGUGUCUCGCCUACCUGGCUGUCUCAUUUAAACGCAUUACAGGCUGGCUUCAUCUCCAUAUGGAUGGUAAACUGGUAGGUAGACAAAGAGAAGUUUCCAAAAAGCAUUUUCCUUCUAAAACUUCCACCGAAAACAAAAUGUAGACUUCUGCUCUGAGGUUGAAGGUAUGGAACCGGAGGAUUCAAGGCAAUAUUUUGGGGAGCAGGCUUCCCCUUGGCCAAUACCCACCGUCCUGGCCGAGUAACUGUGGUUGUGGUGGAGAGUUUCCUUUAGGGCUGGUUGGCUCCGUCUUUGACUCCAUUCCUGAGACAACCAGCCACCUUCAUCCAGAGAAGCCAGCUCUGGAUUCCAGGCUGCAGGCAGCAAAUCUAACCCCACCGCCAUCUUGAAAAUGCAACUGAAGUCGGAGGGUAAACGGUCCAUGUUACUUCUCACCGCGGAGCUCUUGUUUGUUUUUAUACUUUGCCUCCUUCCAAAAAGGUUUGAAGUGGCUUAUAAUAGCAGGCACAAGUAUGCAAAGACUGUUAAAAUGGAAAUAGGAAAUCCAAACUUAAAAAGGAGGACACAGAGAUACUGACUUCCUGAGGUACUCCAUUUACUGGGAAUUGAGCAUUAAAUUUGAUAUCAUUUCUUUUAACAGUAAAUAAUAGCAAUUCACAUUUACACAGCACUUUUCAGAUUGCUUUUGUAUCUCAUUUGACUUUCCUCACCAUCCUGUGAAGUUGAUACUAUUCUUUUUCUCAUUUUCUAAGUGAGGAAGCUGAGGUUCAGAGAGGGUAAGUGACUUACCUAUAGUCACACAGCAGUCCCAGACCUGCCUUUGAACCCAGAUUGUCUGACCUUAAAAACCCCAUGUUUUUCCGUUUUAAACAGAGCAUACGUGUUACACAAACACCAUUCAUAGACCUGAGUCACAGACUUCCUAUGGAAGCUGGUACACUGAAGAGCUGACAAAGUAGCUUAGGGUUCUGUUAAGGUUUGAUUAGCAUUAACUUUUUGAGAGAAAGAGAGUGUUUUAAAAAGAGAGUUAUAGAGAAAGUAUAUCUUCCUUCAGGUGCUAGCCUCAGUCUUGCUUUAUUGUGGGAGGUUCUUCUCUAAGGCGGUCCUCUAAAAGCUUUAAAGGUGUCAAGUGUCUCUUGGGCCGUUCUUAUGUUUAUGACAGAGAAACAUCCAAAUAUUUCUCUCCCACGAGUUGUGAGUGGGAGAUAAUUCCAGUGGUUGUUGGGAGUUUGAGCCAAUUUUCAAUUGCUGGGAGAAGCUAAUUAUGAUGAUAAGAAUCAGAGUAAUACGCACAGUUGGUGGAGCCGUGUUAUGUACCAGGAUUUAUGCCAGGACCUCUUCCAACUCUCACACUGAUCCUACAAGGCAGGUUGCAUAUUCUCACCCCCAAUUUACAGGUCAGAAAAACAGGGAGGCUCGGGACGGAUGAGUCUUCCCUGGGUGAAUCAGCCAGACCAGAGCUCGAGGCUACAAAUAAAUGGCCAAAUAAUAACAAUGGCUAAAA